ACAUAUGUUUCUGUAUGUGCUCAAAUUAGCAGUCCAAGCUACACGGAAAGACCAGCUUUUUGCCGGUGCUGCAAGGCAUAUUCAGAAGUUCAUUUGACUUUGAAUAAUGAACACGCAAACACAUUAAAUGAUCAUUUCCACAACUGUUCUGUUUCUUUAAGAGACCUCGCUUGUUAAGUUGGAAGAUCAUUGAACCAUAUGAGGGUCAAUAAAAGAAUAAAAAGUCACUGGUUAGUGAUUUCAGUACAAGGAACUUGAUCCUAGUUCACUAUCAGUGUCCAUAUGCUGCUCACAGUCAAAAGGGGAGUGUUGGAUCCUCAGCAGCUUGAACUUCCUCAGGAUGGUUUCUGGAAGAAUAAUCAAGCUCCUGGUUUUUGAGCUGCUUGAGUUUGCGGCUUUCUCCACACCCACGCUUGUGAUUAUGGAACAGUUUGCCUCUGCCUAUCAGAGCCUAACAGGUACCCCCGGAAAAACGCAUUAUUGGCUGAUUGUUUCCUGUUCCAUUGCCUAUGUGGCUUCAGUGACUCUACUGAUUUGGGUUCCCAUAAAAGUUCUCUUAUACAAGAAGUACCGCCUUUACAAAAAAAUUAAAGGAUGGAGACCUGUUAUGGUGAUGUGUGUUGUAUUCACUACACUUCCCAGCUUCAGCUUUUCUAUCGCAGUUACUGAGGUUAAAAAAAAUAAUGGUCCUGCGUCUCCCUUACCUGAAACAUUACCUGACCUGCCAGUUUCUCUGGUUCUGACUUCCUUGAUUGUGGUUGAUAUUAUCGAAAAACUCAGGAUAUAUCCUCUUAGAGGGCAGCAAAAGAGUAAUGAAGACAGGCACAUUCAUACAACUACUUUGCAACAAAUAAAAACUGUGACAGACCAAGUGAAACAAAAGGAAGAAAACACUUCACCUCCCCAGCUAGCCUGGACGACCCAGGCAUCACAGCCAUCAGCAACAAGGACACAGAUCUCCACUCCAGUGCUGAGGGUACCCCAAGAGCCUGUCUUUCACUCGAGAGUCCUGAAAGCAAUGUCCCUGCAAGAUGAUCGAGCCCAAAUCUUCCUGUGGAGCUUCGUGCUAUGGUCUGACACCAUAGAAAUGGUGCGCGUGGCUGGCCACCCCUCGGUGUAUAAGUCAGGCUGGCUAUUCCCAGUCUACAUUUUCAGUUUUAUUUCUAUCCUUCGAAUUAUAUUAACUCCUCAGAACCCUCUUCUGAAUUUCCUGAGCAUUCUUCUCCAGGAUUUACCCUUUAUUUUUGUUAGACUUGGUUUAAUCAUUGCCCUGGGAACUGUCACACCUGUAUUGGGCCUUUGUAAAAACGUACUAGUGACUUUCUCUUACAUUUACUUCAAUUACUUAACCAAAAUCUGGGCUUUCUCUACCUUUGAAACGUCUUCGUUUUAAAGAGAAAAUGUCAUGUAGUCAAACCUCUUCAUUAUGCAUGUGUACAUUACAAAAUAAUUGUAAUUUUUUUCUGGGGUGUAAGUUUUUGUAAUAUAUAAUGAAAUAGGAAUAGAUUGUAGAGAGAACACUAUUUUUAAUAACUGUAGCAUAUCACUUUUUAAAAAAUAUAUUCAAAUGCUGUUAAAUUUAAGCAACAUUUAUUUCUUAUAAGUUAGCUCCCCGGGAUCUCUAGAAAAUGUUAGCUAUUUUCAUUAGUUAUAUACAUAUAUAUAUAUAUAUACACACACCACUCUUUUUCUAAAAACACUCUUCGUUAAAGCCUUAAAAAAAUUAGAACAUGUUUUCCCACUAAGUCCAAGAAUGAGAUUUUUAUCAUUUAUGUAAAUUAAAGAGCAUUACAAGAAUUAAACUAUUUUUUUUUUUAGAAAAUGCGCCUAAAGUUCUUGAAUCAUUUUUAAAUUAUACUUUUUAAAAAUUUGAAUUACGGUUUUAAGGUCUUCUUCAAGCAUGGGAUUAUGUUCUUUAAUCCGUGUGGCAAAUGACUUUUAUGUAAUUGAACUGAUUUUAGCAUAAGCGGCAAUUCAGUGUAAUAGAUGUUUGGUUCAGUUUAAGGCACGGUUCUUUUACUAGUACUGAAGUACUAAUAUAAAUACUAUUUAAUAUAAUGAAGUCUAGGUACAUCAGUAAUACCUAGAUAAGGUUUUAUAAUUGGAAGGAGCCAUAAAUUGAAGAUGUGGAUUUCAAAUAAUAUUUUGGUUGUAGAAUUUCAGAUCAUCCUAAAAAUAAUUGCAAGCCCUGUUUAGAAUUAGAAGUUCAGUUUAUGACCAUACUAGUAAAUGCAUUAGUGUUUUAUGUAAGAAUGUAUAAUGAAUAUCUUGAUGUUAAGUGAUUAGAUACAUAAUUACAGAAUUUGCUUUCACUGUGUUGGGACAGACACUCUUGGAUAUUCAGCUGCUAGAAAAAUUUGAGAGGCUUCUGUGUAAUGUGCUGAACUAAUGAGUCUCUUCAGUGAUCUGUGGCAAUAAAUAGCUUAAGGAUGGAUAACUGAACUUGCAUGCCACCCCUACUGUCCACCAAAUUCCUCAGUCUCACUGGCCCCCUAUGCUUUAUGGCUUUUCCUCACACUAUAAGAAAAGAUCUAUUCACAGUUAUUAAAAGCUUAGCUUCUGGCUUUAUGGCUUGGGGCUAGUUCUUUGACCAUGCAAAGCCCUAGUUUCCACAUCUAAAACGUGAGACUAAUAAUAGUAUCUCAAUAGGUUGGAAUUGUACUUUAAGAGGGUUGAGAGGAUUGAGACAGGAAAUGCUCUCAUGACAUUGUCUGGCAAACAAUAAUAACCAGAUAAAUUCUAAAUAUUUCAAAUGUACCAAAUCCCAGAGAAACAAGUAGCUAAAUGUAUUGUUUUAAUUUGUCUGUCUCAUUUUUUUGCUGCAUACCCUGCUUACUGUCUGGGAAUAACAAUUUUAACCAUGCAUUUGUAAAGAAUAAUAUGUAAAAUCUUAAGGUUACCUCAGAUAGUAAUUUUUCAUCAAGCAGCAUUAAGUACAAAAAUGAGCAACCUACUGAAUAUACACAUUAAAUUUAUUGUGAAUUCAUCAGGCAUUUGACCAUCCCUCCUGAGUUCUCAUUGACCCUAAAUUAUAAUACUCUAUUAAGACUUUCAUUAUGAAUUUACUUUUCUGAGUUCCCCAUUAUUGUUUAAAUUCCCUAAAUCUUGUUUAACAAUGCAUCUCUUACUUCAUCUGCCAGUCCAACAGGAAGUUAUAUAAUACUUAUAACUCUUAAAAGAUGAGAAUUCAAAUAAUUUCUUUCAAAUUAUGCUAUGAUAAUCUUUUUUAAGGAACCUAUAGUGAAGUAGUUGCUUUGUAAUAUUCUUAGAUAAUAUAUUUUACAUACAUUAUAUUUAUAUUGGAAUUUAUAGAGUGAACAGUGCUCAAACUAAAGUAUUACUUAUUUGAGUUUAGAAUGCAUCUCGCAUCUAAUAUUUGAAAAUGGAUGUACCUGAUAUAUUGGGAAGUCACAACACUAUACAAAUAGUAAAGUCAUGUACAUAUAGGAGGAGAAUUAUUGAGUAACUAAUUUAAUAUUUUAUUUCGAGAGUAUACAAGUUUAUAAAGUUCAAGUCUAUGUUUUUUUCAUUUCAAUGCUUUUCAGUAUUUUGUUUAAUUAAAAAAAUUUAAAUUGUUGACAUACAAUAUUAAUUUUAGGUAUAUAGUAUAGUAAUUUGAUAUACAUACAUUACAAAAUGAUCACUGUAAUGAGUCUAUAAUCAUGAGUCUAUGAUCACUUUAAUGAUCACCUGUCACCAUACAUAGUUAUUACAAUAUUAUUGACUACAUUCCCUAUGCUGUACUUUAUAUUCCCAUGACUUAUUUAUUUUAUAACUGGAAAUUUGUACCUUUUAAUCCUCUUCACCAAUUUCACUCAUUUACCCACUCCCCUCCCCUCUGGCAACCACCAGUCUGUUCUCUGUAUCUAAGAGUCUGAUUCUGUUUUUUGUUUGUUUUUUUGUUCAUUUGUCCUGUUUUUGAGAUUUGACAUAUAAAUAAAAUCAU